AUGAACAUACCGGUCGUCACCUUCACCGUAGUCGUUGUCCUGACGGUUUACAUUGUGCUGUCGGCCGCAUUCGAAAUACCGGAUCGUUACAAAAAGCCGGCCAAAAUGUUGCACGAUAUUUGUGUAGCGGAAUCGGGCGCAUCGGAGGAGUUGUUGCGUCAGUGUUUGGAUGGAACGGUCCAUGAUGAUCCGGCUGUGAAGUGUUACAUACAUUGUCUUUUCGACAAGAUCGAUGUUAUCGAGGAGGACACGGGACGCAUCUUGUUGGACCGUUUGCUGUACAUCAUUCCGGACGAUGUGAAGGAAGCGGUGAAUCAUUUAACGCGCGAAUGUAGCCACAUCGUUACUCCUGAUAAAUGCGACACCGCCUUCGAGACGGUCAAAUGUUACUUCAAUGCGCACGAUGAGGUUAUCAAAUUUUGUCACCUUCUGGUACUGGAAUGA